UCAAACCCUGUCUCCAUUCCUUUCCUUUCCAAUCGUCGCCGUUAACGAACCCAAAUCGGGCAACAAAGAAGCAAAUCACAUCACUGCCACUGCUCCCUCUCCGUCGCCGGCCAAACCUACCCGCCUCUCGCUCUCACACUCCCACACACAAACACAAACCCACCGGCGGAAAAUACAAUGGAGCCCACAUCUCCCCCGCCGCCGCCGCAACUUCCCGCGCCACCGCCUCCCAAGAGCUGGAGCAUCUACACCCGACCCGAAAUCAUCGCCAAGUACCGAAUCCACGAGCGGGUCGGCUCCGGCGCCUACUCCGACGUCUACAAGGCCCAUCGCCUCUCCGACGACCUCCUCGUCGCCCUGAAAGAGGUCCACGAUUACCAGUCGGCGUUCCGCGAGAUCGAGGCCCUCCGCGUCCUCCAGAACUGCCCCAACGUCGUCGUCCUCCACGAGUACUUCUGGGGCGAGGAUGAAGACGCCGUCCUCGUCCUCGAAUUCCUCAGGACCGACCUGGCGGCGGUCGUCAGGGACGGGAAGAAGAAGGGCGGGAUCCGCGGCGGCGAGGUCAAGCGGUGGAUGAUGCAGAUUCUCUCCGGCCUCGACGCCUGCCACCGGAACAUGGUCGUCCAUCGCGAUUUGAAGCCUGGCAAUCUGUUGAUUUCCCACGACGGGAUUCUCAAAUUGGCGGACUUCGGCCAGGCAAGGAUACUCAUGGAAGCUGGAUCUAUAGCAAUGGAUGAGAAGAACACUCCGCCGCCGCCGUCGGGCGAACAAUUGUACAUUCACCACGGGGCUCCGACGACUGCUGUGUUCAAUUUCGAGAGAGGCAACUGGGGCAGGAAAAAGCACCAUCGAUCCUCCACAUUGGGUGAAGAAGAAGAUUCUCUUGCAGAAAUGACGAGCGAGUACAAGAGCCGGGAUUUCUUGGAUGAGAUGGAGAAGGAAACGACCAAUACCAGGGAUGGAAACGUCUCUGGCAUUGCAACCGGCACAGCUAGCGAGUUCGGGGAUGAUGAUUUCCGGAGCCCCUACUCUUACGUUGUUGAUGAUGUUGAUGAUUAUGACGAUAGGCCACAAGAAGGGUGCUUCACUUCCUGCGUAGGAACUCGCUGGUUCAGGGCACCUGAGCUGCUCUAUGGAUCGACGGAUUAUGGAAUGGAGGUCGAUCUGUGGGCGUUAGGCUGCAUUUUCGCGGAGCUUCUGACUCUGGAGCCUCUCUUCCCUGGGGGUUCAGAUAUCGAUCAGCUCGGGAGGAUUAUCAGUGUAUUGGGUAACUUGAAUGAAGAAGUGUGGCCGGGUUGUGUGAACCUUCCUGAUUACAAGACGAUGUCUUUUGGCAAAGUGGAGAAUCCUGCAGGGUUAGAAUCGUGCUUGAAGAAUCGUUCGAGUGAAGAGGUGUCGCUGGUGAGGAAGCUGGUGUGCUAUGAUCCGUCUAGUAGGGCUACUGCAAUGGAGUUGCUUCAUGAUGUUUACUUCUCGAUGGAGCCAUUUCCGGUUCCCCUCUGGGAGCUUCAUGUGCCGAGGUCGAACAGUGAGCAUGAUGUGGAUUCGCCAGGUGGGUGGUACGACCACAAGGAUGGGUUUGACUCUGAUUUUGAUGAUUUUGGUCCUAUGCAUGUUACUGAGACUGGGAGUGGGUUUUCCAUUCGGUUUCCCUGAGCUCCCGGAGACUGUAACAGGAGUGUAUGCGUCACGAACUGGUGAAUUGAACUCUGGUCUUCCAGUUUAACGCAGUUUUGUUGGUAGAUUAUUGAAGCAUAUAUGUAGAUUGAGUGCUUCUGUCGAAAUCAUUGAACCUUCUUUGUCGUGUAGAAUCACAUCAAUGCAAAAGGCUUGAGAUGUUUUAUGUUUAGCCGUUUUACAAGAACUGCAGAUUAUCAGUUGUGUGCUUGUGGAGGAGGAACUGCUGAUUGUCUCGAUGUUUUCAUCGCUGGAGGUCAUGUAUUGGAGUUGAGGAUGUGAUAUUGAGUUUCAAUCAAUGCUUAUGGCAAGCCAGGCGGAACUUUUGGCGAAAGCCAACUGUUCCAGAGUGCCAGCAGUUCUUUCCCUGCCAUGUUUCUGUGCAACUUAGCCAAUUAGGCACGCUGCUCGCCUGAUGGAGGGUGUCAACCGCAUCAGAACUGUGGUUUUCCAGUUCAAUGCAGUCUUGUUGGUAGAUUAUUGCAGCAUACUAUAUAUGUAGAUGAGCGCUUCUGUAGGAAUCCUUGAACCUUCAUUUUCGUGUAGAAUAUCAUCAAUGCAAAAGGCUAGAGAGG